CAGUGCACUGUAUAGUCGCUAUGAUUAUUGUCAGAUAAUAGUGCUAUUUUAUAUUUUAUUAUAAAUUGUAUUAUAAUAUAGAGAUAGAGAUAGAUUAUAGAGAGAUAGAUUAUAAUAUAGAGAUAUAGAAAACAUCGUGAAUAUAUUCGCGUAAUGCGUGAUAAAAUUGGAACAACAAUUAAAAACAACCAUUUCUUCGAAAGUCUACGGAAUGUUUGCAAUUAAGAUGAGUCAAACUAACGAAAAAAACCUCAUUUCAUAAAUCGCACUGUUCUAUUUAGGCGUCAGAUAUUUUCAGAACUGACAGAAUCACUGAAACAAUACCGACAUUUGGCUCGGUCAUUAUUGCUAAGCCGUUGAAAUGUAAUUAGCAAUAAAAUGUUUAAAUUUAAUCGAUUAGCUGUGAUAAUUUCGAUUGACAAUAUUUUCUUCACAAUUCGGAGACUUGGCUCGGUUCUUACCAAAACAAAAAAGGUUGAUAUUUAAAAAUAAUCUAAAACGUAGAGAGGAAAUUAGGUACAGCGCUAUUACUGUACUAUUAGGCCGGUUAUUGGCCAUUCACUUCUUUACUGUGACUUUAUUUUCUUAAAAUAUACCUACACCUUAAGAAUUCGCAAGACACAAGAUAACGUUUAAUCUAUUAAUUAAUUUGAAAAACAUGACGGCACCGUUUCAAAACAGAGUUGUAAUUUAAGAUAAGAAAUGCAUGAUGAACGCGUAAUUAAUCUUUUGUAAAUAUUGCCUGAGCAGGUAUAUGAUAUAGAGAUGAUGAUAGCCUUCCAUUUUCCCAAAAACACUUCGAAGAUAGCAAACCUAGUAGAUAUAACGAUAAAAAAUAUUAAGUGAUAAAAAUAGUGACAUGUGUUAGUGAAGGACAUAUUUUAAUUUGGUGUUUCAGAACGCAUAGAUUUUACAAUGAAUGUGAAAAAAGACAACGAUUUUUAUCUCCGUACAGCGUUUGGACUAUUGGACCGGGACAGCGAUGGUCACGUGACACCAGCGGAACUACAGUUCAUGUUGCGUAACCUCGGCAUUGAGGUCAGCGACGACCUCAUCUCCGAUCUCAUUAAAGACGCUAGUAAAACUGGCAACGGCUUAAUAGACGAGAACGACUUCAUGCAGUGGGUGACAAAAAUACAAGCCUUACAAGGUUUGGACGUGACUACAAGCGGUGGUGAUUCAGAAGAGGAAAUAACUAGGGAUCUACUUGCAGCGUUUAAAGUGUUCGACCGCGAUGACAACGGUUAUAUAACACGUGACGAGCUUCAAGCAGCUCUGGAGAUGAUCGGGGAGCCGGUUACAGAUGCCCAACUAAACCAGGUGCUAGCGUUAGGAGACAUCGACCAUGAUGGUCGGAUCGACUAUGAAGAGUUUGUUAAAAUGCUACUUUAACUAGCAAUUUGCUGAUGAAGACCUCAUUAGUUUUAAAAUUAGGAUAAAGACAAGAUAGUAUAUUUUUGAAAAUAGAAUCGAACGGAGCAUCACGCAAUGAUUGUAUUUGUAAAAUACUUUUUAUGGAUAUUAAAUUAAAAAAAAAAAAUAAACCGGCCAUAUUUUAUACACAGUUUAUAGGUUAUGAUUUAUUUUCAAUAAAAUACUGUUAUAAAAUUUACGAAAUAAUGUGAAAAUGAAUAUAUGUAUUUUUAAACUAGAUGCUCCUAAUAAAUAUAUUGAUGUGAAUGCAGAACUGAUUGUGUUGACGAGAGUAAGGACGUUUAAAUAAAUGAUGUAUUGUAAAAUAUCAAGACCUAAAUACAAUAUUUACUGUUACUACCUAAUAAAUAACAAAUAAAUUGUUACGUUGUUAAAUACACUAUUUAUUAAUAAUGUUAUUGUUGAUUAUAUACGAUAAGCUACGAAAUCAAAUAAUUUUGUAUUUAUAAAGAUAAAAUACUAAAAUUACUAUAAUACUUAAAAAACAAAUCACAAAUGCGUAUGUUAUGUACAAUUUUAGAAUAUAAAAUAUGAAAAGAAAAGGGUAAACACAUAAAUUUAUAGAUUAUUUUUAUAUUCAUUACCUAAACGUUAUAAACCAAAUUUAAUUGUAAAAGACAAAUCAAUAAUAAAGCAGCUCUACAUAAUUCACCAACUGCUUUUUCUUUUAAUAAUGCGUAUAAACUACUUUGACAUUUUUUGUUAACAAUAUUUUAUUUUUUUCAAGCGGUUGCACUUUUAUCGAACGCCAUCGAAUGAGAGGUCGAAAGUUGGAGACUGUAUAUAUGUAGCGACCCUGUUUUAAUGUAGGUACCUAGCGUAAUGUUUAUACACAUGUUGUCUAAAUAUAAUUUUCGUGCAAUUAUAUCAACUAUUCAUAAAUACAAAAUAAUAACAAAACGCAACAUUAAGAAAUUGUACAUUUUGAAAACAGAAUAGCGUGCUUAGAAGAAAUUCAGUUUUAGAUUGCGAGUUAGUUUAAAAUUUGUAAAGCUCAUUUUAUUGAAAGUCGAAUUUUGCUUUAAUAAUUCAACUGUGGCAAAGAAAAAAUUUGUUGCGUAAUUUUUAUGGUUGUGAACGAUAGCAAUUUUAACAAUUCCUUGGCAAGCGAAAAUGUUUUCAACAUUAUAGAGAAAAAAAAGUUACUCAUAUUUACCUAAUCAUCGUGAGUCUAUAUAUAUUUUGCAGUGAAUUUUUAAUAUCAAAUGGAAAGUUAAUAUUUUUCAGAUUUUACUAUCAAUAUGUCUUCGUGAAAAUUUUUGAUGUCGAAUGAUCGUAAAAAAUAAAUUACUGAAUUAGAA